AUGGCGACGCGCGAGACGGAGACCGGCCGAGAACCCUGGAGAACACGCGUCGUCUCUGCAGAGGAAGUCCGCAAGCACAACUCCGAGAAAGACUUUUGGUGCAUCAUCCACGGCGUUGUAUACGACCUGACUCCCGUCCUCGACAAGCACCCCGGCGGCGUCGAGGUCCUCAUGGACUACGCAGGAGAAGAUGCGAGUGACGCGUUCGAGGAUAUCGGACACAGUUUCAGUGCGAGGCGAAUGACCGUUGGCCUUGAAGUCGGAGUCCUCGCGGGCGCGGAAGACAACGCCCCUGGAGCGCUCUCAAAGACAGCGAAGGCUGCGACCUCUGCGGCUCGGGAGAAAGCAGACUGCUCAACGUGCGCCGGAGGCUUGCUGAGCGGCCGCACCGCGGCUGGGGCGCUGAUCGUCUUGGCCGCAGCUGCCACGGUCUUUUACAUUUUGGGUAUCUCCUGA